AUGCCGGAUUCCCAGCUGAUGGUCCAGUGCGUGGGGGCGGUUGUGGUAUUCUUUGCUGCUCGAAUGUGCCAUGCAGCGUUUGUGACCUCGAUCGACGUUUGGUUUUCUUCUCCUGCGAACCGUUUCAAGUAUUACAAGGGCUUCAGGGAGAAAUACCGGAAGACAGGCAAGGCGGACUAUUCGAUGCUCAUGAAGACGCAUCCAGAAACGAUCUCCGAGACCUUCGGGGAUGAGUCCACUUCCGAGGGCCAGAUGGUGAAAGCCUUGGUGCUGCCCAGCACGGUGAUCAUGGCCAUCGGGGGGAUCAUGAUGAGAUGUGGGGGCUCGGAUAUGUGGGGCUACAUCUGGCAUGCGGCCCGUGGCCUGCUUACGCCCUUCGGCCUGCUGAUGGUUCUGCAGACACCCGUUGUUAGUGGGGCGUCUGGAGGAAAUGUUGCCAUCCGCGAAGGCAAAGCAGUCUCCAACAUCGAACUUCUUUAUCAGAUGAAUUGGGUGACUCUCCACAUGCUCGGCUUCAUUAGCUUCUUGGGUCCUGCGGUGCUUAUAGAGCUGCCCAUCGCUGUGAUGGAGCUACUCGACAGCGAUGGCAUUCAGCAGUCAUGGGAAGGUGACGCCUGCCUUCAAAAUUCACGCAUUGUGCUUGCGGCGAUGCGAGCUGUGUGUGCAGUACUCUUGCUGUUUGCUGCACCUUUCUUGGGCAAGAGCAAGACGCGAAAUCCCAACACCUUAUCUGCCUUGAAAUGGCGUGCUGAGUUUACGGUCGGCGAGUUUGGGGCCACACAGAUGUAUUUCAAUGCCCUCAGUGUAUGGUUACAACCCGGCGUUGGGCCGUACAGCUGGGUAGACAUCGCUUUCCUCUCACUUUUUGCCUUGGAAGCAUUCCGGAUUUUCUUCGUGCAUGCUCUCUGGACCCUUCUCCUGAUGUUCCGCUGGGACUCUAUAGAUUGGAAGUCCGAGAUCAAGAAACGAGUGACAGCACACGGCCCCGUGAUGUUGGGCCUGCGGGAGGCCACCAACAGCGAGCUCAACUUCACGCAUGCGGUGCAGGCCGGGGUCCCCGACUACUCCGAGGUCAUCGUGCAAGCAGCGACCUACCUCCCUGCCAGUCUUGUCGCAACUGGUUGCAAGUACCCGCCCUUGAAGCUGCUCCUGCUCAAGCCAGACAACUACGAGAAUUUCCGGGCCAUGGAUUUCCACGAGCUCUCCGACGAGGAUGUGUUCUUUUGGCACAUGGAUCUUUCACGGAUUCUGUCGGCCCUGCCCUCGGCCGACACACUGUUCAUCCCCUCCGGUGCCUACAAGAUGAGCAUGAACGAGCCCCGGGUCCUGCUGUCGAUGGAGGAUUACGAGUCCGAUGUGGAGCAGUUAGGGGUGUCCCCAAAUCAGAUGCCGGCAGAGGCACCAGGCGACACAGCCAUCGACAUCAGCGCCGGGGUCCUGUCCGACCCCAGGGCUGCCUUCCUUGCCAGCAUCUCCUUCACCGAGAGCCUUCGUCAGGGUCAGGGCAUGGCGGUGGGCCUCUAUAAAGUCUUUGAGGAUGUCGGGAAUCAGAUCCAGGACGCCAUCGACACCCAGAAGAAGAGCAUGGAGCACUUUGAGAGUGAUGAGGAGGGGGCGUGGUCCGAGGUAGAGUCGGAAGAGGACGAGCCAUUGAUCCAGAUGGAUUUACCUAAGGCAUAUGAGAUCCAGAUUCGAGGUGUGAACCGCACUCCACCGUGCAUCGUCCUACGGGUGCCACAAAAGCAGCCAUUGCCAUCGAGUUGGCAGCUGCUACCUCGCAUGGACCCGAUUCCUGACUCAGCCAAGUAA